UCAUCGAUAAAAGAACUAUUAUAUUACUUCAUCCCACACACACAGUGAUUAGUUAAAUAUCUAUACAAUCUACAAUGUCUAGUGGUAUUACAGAAAUAGAAUUGGGUGUUACAGCCGAUAUGCACGUUCAUCUUCGUGAAGGUGCCAUGAUGAAUUUAAUAGUUCCAACCAUUAAACAAGGUGGGAUUAAAGUUGUAUAUGUGAUGCCUAAUUUAACCCCACCUAUCACCAGUAUUGAAAGAGUUAAAGCUUAUAAACAACAAUUAGAAGCCUUAGAUUCAGAAACCAAAUUCUUAACUAGUUUCUAUUUGAAUUCAAAUAUCACUCCUGAAUUAGUUGCUCAAGCUAGUGAUGAAGGUUUAAUUCAAGGUAUAAAAUGUUAUCCAGCUGGUGUUACUACUAAUUCUGAUGCUGGGGUUGAUCCAAAUGAUUUCAGUAAUUUCUAUCCAGUUUUCAAAGUCAUGCAAGAAAAAGGAUUAAUUUUAAAUUUACAUGGUGAAAAACCAUCUCCAUCAAAUCAUAAAGAAACUGAAUUUGAGCCUCGUAAUGAUGAUGAAGAUAUUAAUAUUUUAAAUGCUGAAAGUAAAUUUUUACCAGCUUUAUUAAAAUUGCAUCAAGAUUUCCCUCAAUUAAAGAUUGUCUUAGAACAUUGUACAUCAAAGGAAUCAAUUGAAUUAAUCAGACAUAUAAAUAAAGAUAAAACAUCUAACGAUGAAAUCUUUGUGGCUGCUACUAUUACAGCUCAUCAUUUAUAUUUAACCAUUGAUAAAUGGGCAGGUAAUCCUAUUAAUUACUGUAAACCAGUAGCUAAAUUCCAUCAAGAUAAGUUAAGUUUAAUUGAAGCUGCUACUGGUGGUGAACCAUGGUUUUUCUUUGGUAGUGAUUCUGCUCCUCAUCCUAUUGAAUUAAAAUGUGUUUAUCAAAAUGUUUGUGCUGGAGUUUUCACUCAAUCAUUUGUAUUAAGUUAUUUAGGAGAAAUUUUUGAAAAAUUUGAUAAAUUAGACAAUUUAAAGAAAUUCGUUAGUGAUAAUAGUUUAAAAUUUUAUAAUUUAUUAGAUGAUAAACCAUUAUUAUCAUCUGGUAAAUCAGUAUGGUUAAUUAAGAGAAAAAUUCAAAUCCCAAAACUUAUAAGUAACUCUGAAGUCAAAGUUGUCCCUUUCAAAGCCGAUGAAUCAUUGAAUUGGACCGUUGAAUGGAGAGAUACAAAUUAGGAAGUUUCAUCCCCACACGUUCUCUAGCCUCUUCCUGCCUUUUCGGCUUCUUCAUCUCAUUCUGUUAAUGUUCAACUUGGCAGCAAGGCAUUUACUAAUGGGACAAAAAGCUUAAUUAAGCUCACAUGAUGAGAAUGCAUUAAAUGAAAUGUGACAGUAUUUAGAAAUAAACAGACAAAUAUAGUAACAAAAAAACAAAGAAAUAUAGAAAAAUUUAAUAGUUUAAUUUUAACCGAAUGCAU